AGAUCAACAAUGAGAAACCACACCGUGCCCACAGAGUUCAUUCUCUUGGGACUCUCAGAUGACCCAGAGCUGCAGAUUGUGAUCUUCCUCUUUCUGUUUAUCACAUACAUAUUAAGUGUCACUGGAAAUUUGACCAUCAUCACGCUCACCUUGGUAGACUCCCAUCUACAGACCCCCAUGUACUUCUUCCUCAGGAACUUCUCAGUUCUAGAAAUAACCUUUACAACUGUCUGCAUCCCUAGGUUUCUAGGCACAAUUAUUUCCAGAGACAAAACUAUUUCCUACAAUGACUGUACAGCUCAGUUGUUUUUCUUCAUCUCAAUUGGUGUAAUCGAAUUUUACCUUCUAACAGCCAUGUCCUAUGACCGCUACGUGGCCAUCUGUAAACCCCUGCAUUACACAACCAUCAUGAACAAGAGAGUCUGCAUAUUGCUAGUCUUUUCUGCCUGGCUGGCUGGCUUCUUAAAUAUCUUCCCACUGGUCAUUCUUUUUCUUCAGUUAGAUUACUGUGGAUCUAAUAUCAUUGAUCACUUUACCUGUGACUACUACCCCCUACUGCAGUUAUCCUGCUCAGACACGUGGCUCCUGGAAGUGAUUGGGUUUUACUCUGCAAUAGUGAUACUUCUGUUCACUUUAGCAUUAAUAAUUCUCUCCUACAUGUUCAUCAUUAGGACUAUUUUGAAACUCCCUUCAGCCAGUCAGAGAAAGAAGGCAUUUUCCACAUGCUUCUCUCACAUGAUUGUCAUCUCUAUCUCCUAUGGAAGCUGUAUUUUCAUGUAUGCUAAUCCUUCUGCAAAGGAAAGAGCAUCAUUGACCAAAGGAGUCGCUAUUCUCAAUACUUCUGUUGCUCCUAUGAUGAACCCAUUUAUAUACACCCUGAGGAACCAGCAGGUGAAGCAAGCCUUCAAAGAUACUAUGCAAAAGGUUAUGCUUUUCUCUGGUAAAUGA